UGACCCACAUGACGCGGAAACUUGACAAGUUCAGUUCCUUCUCAGGAACAAAUUUUGGGACGAAAAGUUAUUCAAUGAAUUCAGCACACCGCGAUUUUCCCUAAACACCAAGCUGGGUCUCCAAAACGGUUUGCCUCAUAUCACAGUGGAUCAGAGCUGAGAGGGGGGCUCAGAGCAAAACAAGCCCUCACAUGGGUGGGAGCCUCCCCGCUGCUGUGCCGGGACUCUUGGACUCUGGUAAAUUAUUACACACGCCAGGCUGAGGACUCCCUCAAUAACACCAUCACAUGGACAAACAGCCUCAGAGGACAGCGGGUCUCCUGAGAGGACCUGGCAGACGGAUCCACUGUUGAUGUCUCACUCAGAUGCUUUCCCGUCUCUACCAGCACGCAGGCAGACGGCCCAGAUUCAAUCAGCCUCAGGGCAGAGAAGUUGACCAUUAACCUCGGCGCACUGAUUGCGCACAGCUCCCGGUCGAAGCAGCUGCUCCUGCACCCUGGAUCCCCAGGCAAAGUUCACUGUCACAGGCAGCGCCGCUCUGCGAGGAGCCAGCAGUUUGAGCCCCUCUGUGCUUUCCCUCCCACCCUGCGAGGACUGAAGCUGCGACCAUGGCCUCAGCUGGCUAUGGAUACUACAGAGCCACCAUAUUCCUGGCCAUGUUUGUGGGCUACACGCUGUACUACUUUAACAGAAAGACUUUCUCCUUUGUGAUGCCUUCAGUAAUGCAGGAAAUCACGCUGGAUAAGGAUGACCUGGGCAUGAUCACCAGCAGUCAGUCCUUGGCCUACGCUAUCAGCAAGUUCAUCAGCGGCGUGCUUUCGGACCAGAUCAGCGCCCGCUGGCUCUUCUCCAUUGGCCUGUUCGUGGUGGGAGGCAUCAACGUGGUCUUCUCCUGGUCCUCCACCGUGGCCGUGUUCUCUGCCCUGUGGUUCGUCAACGGCCUCGGACAGGGUCUGGGCUGGCCUCCCUGCGGCAGGAUUCUCCGUAAGUGGUUUGAGCCGUCUCAGUUCGGGACGUGGUGGGCCGUCCUGUCCUGCAGCAUGAACCUGGCCGGCAGCCUGGGCCCCAUCAUCGCCACGGUGCUGGCUCAGACCUACAGCUGGAGGGCCAUACUGUCUGUCUCUGGGAUGACCUGCGUGGCCGUCUCCUUCGCCUGCCUGCUGGUGAUCAAGAACGAGCCCAGGGACGUGGGGCUGCCCAACGUCGAGGCGGCGGCGGCCAAGAAAGGCAAAGGAGGCACCUCCAGAGAUGACAGCACCCUGUCGGAGUUCCUGCUGUCGCCCUACCUGUGGCUUCUGUCCGUGUCCUACCUGGUGGUGUUCGGGGUGAAGACGGCCCUCACCGACUGGGGGCAGCUGUUCCUCAUCCAAGACAAGGGCCAGUCCGCGCUGAUGGGUAGCUCCUACAUGAGCGCCCUGGAGGUCGGAGGCUUGUUGGGCAGUCUGGCAGCGGGCUACAUCUCUGACAAGGCUGUCGCCAAACAAGGGCUGAGGAUCUACGGCCAUCCCCGUCACUUCAUCCUGAUCUGUAUGAUGGCUGGGAUGUUUGUGUCUAUGUACCUGUUCAGGGUCACCGUGACUGCCGACAGCUCCAAGGUGUGGAUACUCAGCCUGGGCGCUGCUUUUGGCUUCUCCUCCUAUGGACCAAUAGCCUUGUUUGGGAUUCUAGCCAAUGAAAGUGCUCCUUCCAACUACUGCGGGACGUCGCACGCCAUAGUUGCCCUCAUGGCCAACAUUGGCGGCUUCCUGUCCGGAUUACCCUUCAGCACGAUCGCCAAGCACCACGGCUGGGAACAGGCUUUCUGGGUGGCGGAGAUCACCUGCUUGGUCACCACUGUAGGAUACUUCCUGCUGCGCAACAUCCAAACCAAGAUGGGCCGCGUGCCCAAGAAGGCAGACUAACGUCCCACCCUCCACCCCUCCGACCACAGACGCCGCUGCAUUU